UCUUCCCACCAAACGCGCGACUCCCGCCGUAUAGCACCGGGGCACCGAAAAGCGACGACAAGUCCUCAGCUCAGCCUCACCAACGUCAUCUUACCUUUUUCGAGGUUCACAAAGGCAUUCCGUCUCAGCCUUCUUUGUUUGUGCAAUCGCUCCUAUUUUGUAGAGUAAUACUCUGCAACAUCAGCACAAACACUCAUAUAGGGCUCUCUGGCUGAGGAUCUAUCUAGAGUUCCUUGUGCACCAGGCUCCCCACUCGUUUGCGAUCCGUGGCAUCCGGUAUAUACCAACAUCCCGCAUCACGAAAGCCCAAACUCCUGGAUUUGUCGCUCCCACACCACCUACCCGCACGAUGGAAUCCUUAUUCAGCGCCUCCAUCGAGCCAAAAACGGCGGCGAUCGUAGCUACGACCGUCGUCGCGACGCUUUCCGUUCUGUCCCUUGCGCGACUCGGUCUCUACCCCAACUGGGGCACCGCAAUCCCAAACCCUCUCAAGACCAAGAUUCCCACGCUCGCAAGCGAUGAGGUCAAGAAGCUUCCCUACCACCCAGACUACUUCCCCGGCGCCCGGGAUGUGGACACGCCUUACGGCUCCAUCCGCGUCUACGAAUGGGGCUCAACCACCGGGCCAAAAGUAGUCCUCAUCCACGGCAUCAGCACCUCCUGCAUGACCCUCGGCCCCAUCGCCCACGCUCUCGCCGCCCGCGGCUGCCGCGUCAUGCUCUUCGACCUCUUUGGCCGCGGCUUCUCCGACGGCGUCGGCGACCUGCCCCACGACACGCGCCUGUACACCACCCAGGUCCUCCUCGCCCUCGCCUCCUCCCCGCUCGCCUGGUCCGGCACCGACGCCGUCCGCGUCGUGGGCUACUCCCUGGGCGGCGCCGUCGCCGCCUCCUUUGCGGCGUCGUUCCCGCAUAUGGUCGAGAGUCUCGUCCUGCUCGCGCCCGCGGGUCUCAUUCGCGCGGAGAACUUUGGCGUGCUGGCGCAGGUUACGUUCCAGUCUGGCCUUGUGCCUGAGCGUAUUCUGGCUGCUGUUACGAGGAAGAGGUUGCAGAAACCGUUGGCGAGUAAGCGGUCUAAUGCUGUAGAGGAUGAGGAAGAUCCGGUGGAGAAGGUCGUCGACGUCGCGGCCGCGGAGGUGUCUGGUCCCCACGGCAACGGGGAGGAUCAGAAGGUCGAGCGGAAAGUGCGUGAGUAUGUCCCCUGGAUGGUCGCGCACCACGAGGGUUUUGUCAAGGCGUUCAUGUCGUGUGUGCGGUGGGCGCCGCUUACGGGCCAGCACCAGACGUGGCGGGUUCUAGGUCAGAGGAAGAAGGGUACUACGGCGGUGUUUAUCGGGAAGACGGACGAGGUUAUCGAUGUUGAACACUAUGCCAAGGAUGGGUUGCCGUUGUUGGGCGGCGAGGAGAAUGUGACGUGGAGGGUCCUUCCUGGGGGUCACGACUUUGUCAUGACCAAGACGGAGUACAUUAUGCGGGAGUUGGAUGCUUUCUGGGGUAUGAAGGUGCAGUCGUGAAGUAACGAUGAGGGAUGU